AUGUCGAGAUCAAUUCAGCUCAAGGAAGAGGGCAACCGCCACUUCCAACAAGGCGAUUACGCCGGUGCAGAGGCGUUGUACUCGAAAGCCAUCAUCGCUGACCCAAAGAACCCGGCCCUGUAUACGAACCGCGCAAUGGCACGUCUCAAGCUCGAAAUUUGGGACGCGGUCGUCUCUGACUGCGAAUCGUGCCUCGGCCUUACCCCUGACAAUCUCAAAGCCCACUACUACCUCUCCCAAGCCCAGCUCGCCCUAAAGGACUACGACUCCGCCCUUACAAACGCUCAGAAGGCCCAUCAGCUUUGUGUGCAGAUUGGUGAUAAAUCGCUUGCUGCCAUCACGGCGCAGGUUCUACGGGCCAAGAAGGAGCGUUGGGACUGGAUGGAAAAGAUACGCACCAGAGAAGCGCGCCACUUAGAAAACGAGGUCAUUGAGUUAAUGGAAAAAGAGCGCGAACAGGCUGUCACCAAUGCAAUGGAUGGCGGGGAUAAGAGGGAGAUUGAGGCCGAGUGGGAACAGAAGAUUGAGAUGUUGAGGAGCACUUUUGAGAAGAGCCGAUCUUCGGAGGAGAAGAGGCGUGAGGUUCCGGAGUGGGCUAUCGACGAUAUUAGUUUCGGCGUCAUGGUUGACCCAGUCAUUACAAAAACUGGAAAGUCCUACGAGAGGGCAUCCAUCAUGGAGCACCUGCGUCGUCACCCCAGCGAUCCCCUCACCCGUGAGCCCCUCCUACCGUCGGAGCUGAGACCCAACCUUGGACUUAGGCAGGCCUGCGAAGAGUUCCUCGAACAAAAUGGCUGGGCGGUGGACUGGUAA